UAGAUAUCUCUCAUGAAAGGUGAAGAGUCAUCUCAAAAUAGUGAUAUAAUUAAAUUCAUGUUAGGGUGAACCUAUUUAUACAAAUGUUUUCUUUCCAAGUUCAAAAGCUUUGUACAUCUUGAUCAAGAAAAAUGGUAAUGGUAUUGUAGUAUAUUAACUACUGUUAUAUUACAUCUUAUAUACACAAAAAAUACUUGUUUUGAUGUAAUGUAAACACAAAAUUGAUCCUCUUCACACUAUUUGUUUUGAUUUACAUAUCCUGAAUUAAAGAGAUACUCUCUCUUAUUUAUUAAAAGUAUACUUAAUUUUGUAUGUAUUAACUUCUAAAAUUCAUGGCUAUGAAAAAAAUAUAUAUUGUCGAUAAGACAGAUUCCAAUAAUGAAUCAAAAAAUGGAAAAGACUUGCCUCAUCAAAAUCAUGAAGAAACAAUACAUACAUCUACACCUUCUAUUUUAUCAGAAUUGCAGAUACAUAGUACUGAAGUAGGAGAAAUUGCAGAAAUGCCAAAUUAUGAACACUUGAGUACAUCAGCGGUUUUACAUUAUUGUAAGCAUAAGAUAUUAAGGCCUUAUCUAAGAUUAUUAGGUGUUAUGGGAUUAAGGCCAACAAGCAGUGAUGAAAUUGAUCACUUUUCACGUUAUUGUAUUUUAGCUAAUUUUCAUACUUUUCAAGUCGCUGUAUUUAUGUGCAUCGGAUAUAUUUUACAAUAUAUGGCAUGCUUCAGGAGAGAUAGAGGAUUUUGUUAUAAACUAUUACCACUGGAAUUACAAAUUGUACCAAAUGUUAGUAAAGAACCUAUGCAUGAAUCAGUUUGCUUUGGAAAUGUUAUAUUCAGUCAUAUAAUUCCUAGUUUACUUCAUUUAAUUGCAUACUUAUACACUGUAUAUCUAUUUCGUAUUAAAGAACACGAGCAAUUACAAAAUCUAAUGGAACGGGCGUUUCUCUUAUCUUCUAAUCCAAUUCAUAGAGGAAAUCAAAAAAGACUCGUACGAAUAUUGUGGUUUUUCAUAGCUUUAAGUGUAGUAUGGAUGAUAAUAGCAUUAAUUACAGUAAACAUAAUGAUGGCACAAGGAGUUAUUUUUUUUCAAUGGCUGGAACAUAGUCCAUAUCAAGUUAAGAUUCUUUUAAAAAUACUUUUAAUUAUAUGCACACUAUGGCAUGACAUGGUGCAAGGAACAAUCAUAACAAGUUAUUGUCUGCAAGGUCAGCUUUUAAUUGCACAUCUUUAUUUUCUUAGAGGAAAGUUACUUCAACAUACACUACCUCCAAUAGAUUGGAUGAAGGAAAUAAGUGAAUUUAAAAAAUUGUUGAAAUAUUUUAACAAUGAUUUGGGACCUGCUGUUUCCAUUUAUACGGUUAUAAAUCUAUCAUGGGCAACUGCUGGAACUAUUUGGCUGUUGCAAUACAAUGAUGAUGAAACAGAAAAUAAUUCAGUCACAUGCAUUAGUAUAAUAAAUGUAGUAUUAUGGAUAUUGAUAUCGAUAGUUCCAUUUAUCCAGGCAGCUAGAUUAACUACUGCUUGUUCUAUGAUACAAAGUAUUGGUCAUGAAGUACGUAUCCGACCAUUUGUUUAUGAAAGUACACCAGGAGAAGAUUUGGACACUAUACUUUUAUAUACCUCCUCAUUAAAAAUGUGCGCUAGAUUGUUUAGAAUACCAGUGACAGGUAGGUAUUUGUGCCUGCUUUUAACUGUUGCUAGUAUUACUAUACUUACAUUAGGUCAAUGUCAAAUCUUAUAAUAUCAUUUUUUAAAUAAAUUAAUAUUCAUUAUA